CAGAGGAGGUACGCUCCAGACCCGGGUGCAAUCCUGGCGGGCGGCCGGGAGGAAGCAAUGCGCGCCGGAGUCACACCUGAGCCCAACGCGUCCUGGUGGGCGCUGGCCAAUGCAUCCGGCUGCCCGGGCUGUGGCGCCAACGCCUCGGACAGCCCGGCCCCUGCGGCGUGGCCCGUGGACGCCUGGCUCGUGCCGCUGUUCUUCGGCGCGUUGCUGCUGCUGGGCCUUGUAGGGAACUCGCUUGUCAUCUUCGUCAUCUGCCGCCACAAGCAGAUGCGGACGGUGACCAACUUCUACAUCGCCAACCUGGCGGCUACGGACUUGACGUUCCUACUGUGCUGCGUGCCCUUCACGGCUCUGCUCUACCCACUGCCUGCCUGGGUGCUGGGCGACUUCAUGUGCAAGUUCCUCAACUACAUCCAGCAGGUCUCGGUGCAGGCCACGUGCGCCACCCUGACCGCCAUGAGCGUGGACCGCUGGUAUGUGACGGUGUUCCCGCUGCGCGCCCUGCACCGCCGCACGCCCCGCUUAGCGCUGGCCGUCAGCCUCGGCAUCUGGGUGGGCUCGGCGGCAGUGUCCGCGCCGGUGCUCGCCCUGCACCGCCUCUCGCCCGGGCCACGCACCUACUGCAGCGAAGCCUUUCCCAGCCGCGCCCUCGAGCGCGCCUUCGCGCUCUACAACCUGCUGGCGCUCUACCUACUGCCGCUGGCCGCCACCUGUGCCUGCUACGGGGCCAUGCUGCGCCACUUGGGCCGGGCGGCCGUGAGGCCCGCGGCCGCCGACAGCGCCCUGCAGGGGCAGCUGCUGGCUGAGCGAGCGGGCGCUGUGCGGGCCAAGGUCUCGCGGCUGGUGGCAGCCGUGGUCCUGCUCUUCGCGGCCUGCUGGGGCCCCAUUCAGCUGUUCCUGGUGCUACAGGCGCUGGGCCCAGCGGGCGCCUGGCAUCCGCGCAGCUACGCGGCUUACGCGCUCAAGAUCUGGGCGCACUGCAUGUCCUACAGCAAUUCGGCGCUGAACCCUUUGCUCUACGCGUUCUUGGGCUCCCAUUUCCGGCAGGCCUUCCGCAGCGUCUGCCCCUGCGCUCCCCAACGGCGCCCCUGUCGACCCCGCGGGUCUGGACCGUCAGAUCCCGCCGCCCCCCAAGCCGAGCGGCACCGACUGGCUGCCCACCAGGCCCCCUCCAAGACCCCAAAGCCAGGCAGCGGCGAGCCAGGGCUGCGCAGGCUGUGUGUCCUGGGGGAAGGCACUGCCCCUCUCUGAGCCCUCUCUGGGGGAAUCAAGGUAGGCCCCUCCAGAACAGGCGCUGCUAUUAUUAUUUUAUUAAUGUCCUUAUUUUUGUCCAGGAUAAUCCUAAUGAACAUGUUGUCUCCUGGAACGUUGGUUACAAAUCUGCUUUGAUGUUUGCUUCUAUUAAUAUUGCAGUUACUAUUUCUGUGUUUCCUGAAAUCAAAGAUGUAUUGAUGUUGGCACUUUCUGGAACUUUCAAGGAAGCAAAGUAGAAGUUUUCACACACAGUGUUGCAGCUGACUGUACAAUUGUAAUGUAAGAUCCAGCCUAUUUUCAGAGACAUUAAAAAGUGAACACAAUGUGACUCUUAAAACUGAUGAAACAGGGUACCCUUCUGACUCCCUGGUGAGUGUCCAGAGCCCAGGGUUGCUCGGGCUUCCUCCCAACAUGGCUGUCGGGGAAAGUCGGACCUACUCCUGGGCGCACACGCUUCCUGCUUCCACAGCGAGCUGCUGGGAGUUG